AUGAAGCUAUUCGUUACCCUUUCCCUUGCUUUGAGCUCCUCGCUGGCGACUGCCUCAAAGUGCCGCCCCAGCUCGAGUUCGUCAGACUUAAUCUCGAGUACAUCAACCCUGACUUCGAAUUCAUACCCGAUUUCGACUUUGUCGACCGUGGCUUCAAAUUCAUCAACACUGGACUCAACUUCAUCAGCCUUGGCUUCCAGUUCUUCAGACCUAACUACAAGUCCAUCAACACUGGCUUCAAGUUCAUCUGAGUUGGUUUCAAGUUCAUCUGAGUUGACUUCGACGUCGUCCGACCUCACUUCGAGCUCAUCAACACUGACUUCGAGUUCAUCUGAGUUGACUUCGAGCUUCUCAAUCCCAACUUCGACGUCGUCUGACCUCACUUCGAGUUCAUCAACCGCGACACCAAUUACAACUGUAGACGCCUGUCUACAAGGCCUUGAAGCAGCAUCGGGCACACCAGCCUUGACCAGUCGACUCGCCGACUGCAGCUCCUAUAAUGUCGUCACUGUGACUCCGGUCGCCGUUACCACCACCACGUUCUCUGGCACGCUCCAAAUCCGUAUCCCGACCGGCCGCAUGAUGAGGCGGGACAUCAGCAGCAGUGAGACGAGCACGGAAACGACAGUGCUCCCGACCUACAAGCCCGAAUACGCGACGUACUGCUCCGACGCGGAUGCCUAUUACAGUGCCUGCUCCGAGGCCGGUAUCAGCGCUUCGACAACGACCUUGGUCGCUACGACGACCACCGAGACUAACACCGAGGCCUCAUGUGUUGUGCGAAGAAUGGUCAUGGCGGGAGGCGAGGCGAUGGGUUAUGAAUUCGAGCCCGGCUGGGACAGGCAUGUUUUUGCCGGCGUCGCCCUGAACUAG